ACCUCUGCCUGUUUCCUUUCAUUUCAUUUGUGUCAUUUGUGUGUGUCGCAGGCUGUGAAAGCUCCUCCAUGUGUUUUUCAGAGAAGUUACUGAUGGAACGCAUUCUGCUGUUGGCAAUCCUGCCCGGUCUUCUACUAGCUGACCCUGCUAACUUUACAGCUCCAAACACCACUUUAACUGUUCCUAAGACACCUCACACAGCAAGCUCAGCACAUGAGAACAUAAGAAUCACGACACCCACCACUACAAAGCUCCCACCUGAACUGUUCAGGCUGAAGGUGUACUGGGACAAAAAAAAUGUGUGCCAGGGCAAAAUAGUCCAUGUUACUGGUAAAAGAAAGACUAAGGGUCUUUGUGCCAACCCUGUGUUACGGAAACUCAGCAUGGAGCUGUGUGAGGAGAGAAGAUGUGGAAAGUUCCUGGAGUUUUCUUACGAUUUGACUGCUGAUCAUAACGGUCCCAUGAUCAACGAUAACCUAAUACUUGGGAGCUCUCAAGGGUGCGAGAUUGUAUCCAAUAUAAUCUGUGAAGGCAACAAUGAACUGCUGACCUAUAAGGUAAUAACAGGCCUGCUGCUGGUGCUGAUUCUGGCUGUCCUCCUCUUUCGAUUUGCACGACCGGCGUACAACGCUUUCCGCAAGAGAUUUUCCAAGAAGCAUCAGAAUCGAUGGAUCGGCCCGACGCAGAGUCAGAGUGUGUCCUAUCACAGAGGCCAGGGUCUUCAUCUAAAGGCCGAUACAGGCAAAAGACAAUCUUAUCCUGGUUUGGAGAUACCUUCAUCAAACAGGAACAGUGAAUACGACUCGUACAGCUACACUUAAUCACCCCUCGGCUUGCGGGAUCACAGCGCGGGAGCAGCAGCGGGCUUUGAUUUGUGUAAACGAUCACAUGAAGGUUUUUUUUCCUUUCCACACAUAUGACCUAUAGCUCUGUGCUGUUGUGCUCAGUGGAAUCGAGGCAAGAAAAAAAAAAUUACGUCAACGCAAAACAAUUGAAACGAUCUAAAAUAUUACAAUUGUGCAAACUGACAAAUAACAAGUUUUGGGAGUUAGUGAGGGUGUUACCCCACACUUAUCUGUUCAUCUGUUCCAUCACAAAUCUGCAAAUCUCUGUAGUAAACAAGUGUCAGAAAGCAAGGUAAACAAUGUUGCUUAUUUAUUUAUUUGCUUGAUUGCUUAAUAAGAGAUUUAUACCAGCAAGUGCUUUACCAAACAGGAUUUCUUGUAAAUGUGCUGUAUAUUAUAAUAUUUAGGUCUCUGAGUGAAGACGUUGCAGUAAAGUCACCAGCAAAACUGUAAUGGAAAUAUAAAAUUACAUAGUAUUAUCUGUAAAAAUGAAUAGAACAAACAGCUUUUGUUAUAUAAUAAGAAACUGAGAAAAAUGUAUUAAAGGAGUGAGAUAAUGUGAUAAUUAGCGUCCAUUCAAUCAGUGACAUGUUACUAUGCUAUUUAUGCUGUUACUAUAUUGUUACUGUCCUGCAAAAACCUUGAAUUCUAAAUGUUGCCACUUUUUACUUUUUGGCAAUGUAAAUCUGGAAGUUGUUCUUUACAUUGUAUCAAAAGUUAAUCUUUUUAUAUCAACUCCUAUUGAAACUGAAGACUUUUCCUUCCUAUUCUAAAGGGCUAUCUUGGAAAUACAUGGUUUUUGUGUGACAGCGACACCAUGCUUGUUGUUUUUUUUAUUUUUUAUUACUAGUAUCCUGCCUACAAUUUAAUCUUAAAGAUGAGCCUGUUUAAUAGGAGAGACCAGAGAUGCUCCUAGUGGACAGUUGUACCUUAGGUGCAGAAAGCUUGUUGUUUUGUAAAGUUUCAGAAACUGUUUUGUAUAUGAAGUGUGUCUACACUGGCUUUUUACUGGCAUGUUCUGCAGUCUAUUAAGCUUAUUGUGUGUUAAUAAUAACAAUAAUAAGAGAAUGCUCUUUUUUACUCAUGAUUUCUGUUUCUGAUCUUUGGAAUUCCUAUGCAACAGUAGGUUUAGACGAGGUUUUACUGCUACUUUUCUUUAAAGCAAAUCUUUAAUAAUAAAACUUGUUGCAGAAA